AUGCAGGCCAGGAAGACCACGGCGCCGUACUUGGCCGCGAGGCGCUCGGACAGCAGGAAGGUGGCCCGCACGUUAGCCACCACGGAGCCCGGCAUCUCCUCCACGGCCUUGAACACACGCCUAACGUUGUCGAACUGGCGCCGGCAACAGCGCAGGGGCGCCCCCGAGCGCUCCGACACCUCGUCCAGGUCCUUGCGGUGA